UGUGAUUUUUAGUAUUAUAAUGAGGUAUAGGUGACUUGUAGGUUAAAGUCUAAGCUACUGUGCAUGUCAGGCAGGCUCAUUUUGGUUAGAUCCAACUUCAAUUACCAAGAUAACUUUGAACUUGUGGUGGGUUGGUUCUUGCUGACCCAAGACCCUUCAUUAAUAAACACUAGGGACUGUCUCUUGUGGUCAUAAGACUUUGGAGUUAAAAAAAUAAACGGGUGCAAGUGAAAGUCACAAGGUUUUUACAAUCAUCAGGGCACAAGAUAAAGGCUAUACAUUCAUUAUCAGAGAUCAAGAGAGCUGGAUUACAAUUCAGGUUUCAGGUAUUUCCUUCUGUCUACUCCACUAUACCAGAAAGUAAAAAGCAAUAUCUAUGUAAUGAUUCAGUAAUCAUCAUCAGUCCUUAAAUCUUAACUUCUUGUUUACAAUGUGUGGGCCUGCAUGGCUGCCCAACAGUGGCUUCUAAAAACCCUAGUCAGGGUCCGGGAACUGUUGGGCCAGUAAAAUCUGGGAAGCAGGGGAUCUGGAGACUAGCAAGUCUCCCUUGUGGGGGUGACAUGGAGAGAUAAGGAGGAGCAACAGCAGGGCCUGGAAAGAACCAGCCUGGGAAUUCCAAGGGCAGUGUUCAAGGACAGCCAGUUUGGAGAGAAUGAGAAAGAGCAGACCACCCAUGGCAGCAGGACAGACAGGGCCUACCACCUGUCCUCUUUGGACAUGUAGGUUCUUGCUGCCUUUUGGAAUGCAGUUUGGCAUUAUCAGUGAAAACUGUUGAUGUCCAUAUUAAUUUUGUUAAUUUUCCACUUUAAUUUCGGUUCUACAGGUCUUCUGUGGAAAUAGCUCAGUUGUAAACAGAGGUGUUGUGUUUGAAAAGGCAGGCACCAGGAUGCCACCUACAUGUCCAUGGGGUGGGGGGACUUGCUUCAACCACCUCUAGUCCUCCAUUGAAGAAACACAUGGUGGGACUGUGUUUAUGGGCAAAGACUCAUUUGCCAUUGUUCAGGCAGACUGAGGGUGGCACAGGCAAUGGCCUGUCUCUGAGGUUAAAAUGGGUGUAUGUGCACAUAGAUUUGUGUAAACUUAGGAAGAUUCAGAAAUCCUGGGAAUCCAACCAACCAGGGCUUAGCUCUGAAGAAGCCAAGUAGAGGGUCCGUGGGGGAGAACACAUAACUCCCUAGGUGGCAGUAUAGCCUUCUGUGUUUAGGUGAGGUGUGUGCUUGGGCAUGGAGGCCAGCCUACCAGGGUCAUCACCUUGCAACCUUUGGAUGUUUCCAUAACUCUCUGAGCUGGAUGUCCUCACCUGCCAAGUGGGGAAGCUCUAGGAGUGACCCCACAUGCUCCUGUGAAGGAAACUGGGUCAAAGCUCCCAUGCAGGACCUGUCCCUCCCAGGAUCCACAAGCAGCACCACUAACUGGGGCUUUCCUUGGCAUUUUUCAUUGGUUGGACCAGGGCAGCCUUUACUUCUUCAUGUUUUCCAGUAUUUGUCAAGUAAAAUUUUUUUGUUUCUUUUUUCAAAAUCAAAAUGCUUAUAUGCAGAUGGUGACAGUAGCCUUGCAGCUUUACUUAUUUCUUUGCUGAAUUGUAAAUGGCAUCUGCCAACCCUAGCCAGGGUGACUCCUAAGUAUAUGGGAAGGCAUGUGACAUCUGUGGCAGAUGCCAGGAAAAUCCUGGUGAGGCAGACAGCAGCCCCCAUUGAACUGAGAGCCCAGAGAAGGAGUCAGAGAGAAACCCAAUUGCAAACUGUAGGAUGAGGGUGGAGGAUGUGAAGUGCAAAAAUUGUCCAAGUGGAGCUGUGUGGUUAGGACAUCAGGGUCAGCAUGGCCAACAGGGGCAAAGGAGAGGUUCAGAGACAGAGGUGAGCUAUGGAAGGUGGCCCUGGUCACCUGUGUGGUGCUGAGUUUCUAGAAGACUGCAUUCUUCAGAGGAUUGGGAGGAAAUUCUCCAGGGCAUCUGGUACCCCUCACCCCUAUCUUUUCUCAGGUGGACUCCUGUGACUCUGAGGCAACAUGUGGAAAUGGUCUGAGGAUGCAGAGGGUGUGGCUGGUGCCAUGUACAUGGUGUGGUGAUCUGACUGGUGCUGCUGAGACUCACCAUGUUGGCAGCAUGGGACCUUGGCCUGAGACAUGAUGCAGAGCUUCCUGGCACUGCUAUGGGAGAGCAGAGAGGCCUGUCCACCAGCCCUGGAGCUGGUGGCACUUGUGGGAAGGUUGUGCUUGGACCUGCAGGAUGACCUGGUCAAGGUGGAGCCAUUGGUGGAGGCUCUGCUGGAGAGCCAAACCUGUCUGCACCUGGUGGACAGUGUGGAUAUUUUGCCAGUGUGCACAUGCAUGCUGGCUUGGCAGAAGCAGCCCCAGGCUGCUUGCAGGCUCCUAGAGGCUCAGCUAGCUUUGACUGUUGUUAUUCCCAUAAGUAUGAUACUGAUGUGCAUCAAACCAUAUAAUAAGUAUACUGGACUCUACAAAAUGUAUGUCUACAACUUUGGAAUUUCUGACAUGUAAAGAAGAGAUUUCUAGUGUGAGAAGAAGCUCAGCUGGGUUCAGUGUGACUUCUAUUAGCUGCAUUGAGCAACAGAACCAUAUUUGGGAACUGCUCCUUCUUCAGUUUGGUGGCCAUGAAGGGAUGAAAACAUCUGAAUGACAUGCUGCCCAGUGGGCUCCUGGACUCCUGAGCUUGGAUGUUUAGUGCUUGGACUGUCUGAGAGUGAAAACCCAGAGGAGAUACUUGGUGGCAGAACUACUGACAAUGAAACCAAUGGAAUCAGUGACCUUCAAUGAUGUAGCUAUCAACUUUACCAAGGAAGAGUGGGCCAUGUUGGACAUGAACCAGAGAAAGAUGUUCAGAGAUGUUAUGCUAGAGAAUAUCAAUCAUCUUGUGUUCAUGGGGUAUCAGUUCUGCACAUCAGAAGUGCUUUCACAGUCAGAACAAGGAGAACUGUGGAGAGAAGCAUUAAGGUUUCUGCAAGUACAGAAUCCAGGUAAGGAGAAUGACCAUAGAAAAGAAGAAAUGAUAACCAUGCAGCAUAUCUCUAAGACAGACACAUAUACUAACAAGACAAAGCAGAUUUCUCACAAUGAAGAGGAUCCCUUUGAAAGUAAUGAUUUUGGAGAAUACUUUACUCACUCCAAAAUGACUGACAUGGGAAAGAAACCCAAUGUAAACAAACAAUUUCAAAGAGUUCUCAAUUAUCAUUCAUUCAUUGGUCAAAAUAAGAAAAUUCAAACUGGAUGUAAAUCAUAUAACUGUCAUCUAUGUGGAAAAGUCUUCAGAAGUAGUUCUUGCCUUAGACAACUUGAGAAAAUACACACUGGAGAAAAGCCACAUGGCUACCAUCUAUGUGGGAAAGACUUCAGUGGUAGUUCUACCCUCAGAGAACAUGAAGGAAUUCACACUGUGGAGAAUCCAUAUGUCUGCCUUGUAUGUGGGAAUUCCUUCAGUCAAAGUUUUAAACUUAGGCAGCAUGAAAGAAUUCACAAUGUGGAGAAACUAUAUGCCUGCCACAGAUGUGGGAAAGAUUUCAUGGAUAGUACCACACUCAGACAAUGUGAGAGAACUCAUACUGAAGUAAAAGUAUAUGUCUGCCAUGUAUGUGAGAAAGACUUCACUGAUAGUUCUACACUCAGACAACAUGAGAGAACUCACACUGGGGAGAAACCAUAUGUCUGCAAUAUGUGUGGGAAAUCCUUCAAUUGUUGUGGUACCCUUAGACGACAUGAAAGAAUUCACAAUGGGGAGAAACCAUAUGUCUGCAGUAUGUGUGGGAAAUCCUUCAGUCAUUGUAGUACACUUAGGCAACAUGAAAGAAUUCACACUGGGGAGAAGCCAAAUAUCUGCAGUACAUGUGGGAAAUCCUUCAGUUAUUGGAAGAUACACAGGGCUGCACCAGACAUAAAAAUCUGCCCCCAUCAUGGAAGCCAACUGGAGUUUGAGGAACACCAGCCUGAGCAUGUUGUGGAUAUGCAGUGA